AUGCCCCAAACUAGGGUAAUCAGGAACGUUGAUGUCAACGUUCAGCCCCGCAACUCUAGUCGGUCAGCCCCGGCCCCCUCGGCCAGCCCCCGCCUCCCCCUAGCAAAAAAAAAGGACUGCUACCCUUCAGCACGAUUUCCUUGGAUGGGGGGGGGGGUGACCCUCGGCUCCGGUGCGGUCGACGAGCUAGCGGCAAUAGUGUUGUUGAUAAACGGGACGGUCGGUGACGAGCGGGUGUCAGAAUGCGAUGCAAAGUUGUGCCGAGCACAGUCAAUAAGGAGGUCAUACUGCUUGGAGGUGCGGCUUCUAAGGGACAAGGCCAUAAAAAGAACCUACGAACAGAAGCUCAAAGGGCUCGAUACGCGAUGUACAGAGAUCAGACAUGAUAUUGAGUGCACGCGCGGGAGCAGUAAUCGGCAAGAACUGCUUGGGGCGCCGCCCGCUCACAGUGAUUUCAAGGGCAAUGCUAACUACCUUGACGAUGCUGGCAAGAUCCAGGACCAGACGCAGGAUGCACUCUCACGAACAAUGCAUCUCGUAGAGGCUUCCAGUGAAGUGGGCCACUCCGCACUCAAUGAGCUAGAGCGCCAGCAGGAACAGGCCAGGGAUAUAACAACAGAUGUCAUGAUCAUUGAAGAUAACCUCACUCGCGCCGAUAAACUCAUCCGAAACUUCACCAAGCGCAUGAUGACAGACAAGCUCAUCGUGUGCUUUGCGUUUGUAAACAUGUGUGGCUUGAUCGGGAUUGUCGUCUACUGCGUUGUCACUGGCAGGGGACUCGGCACGGAGGGCCAAAAGGAAGACCGGCCUGACGAAAGACGCUUGGGUCCCAUCUGAAAGUCAUCUUGCUUUUAGAUACCCAAGUCUCCCCAAAUGCUAUCCUCACAGAAAAAAGAAAACAGAUCGUAGAAGAUGGCGCUAACCGGUGGAACUGGGCUUGCACUCUUGAAAAGUUUGAAUAUGGGUGACGCCUACUAGACCCGGGAGAUCGAAAGGGGCACUUCUUCAUCAUACCCCUAGUUGACACUAGGAAAUACUGUGCAAUUUCAAUAUAUCGAGCGUGUGGCGUCUCUUGAGCGCGCAUGAGUACGAAGACGCGCUUGAGGACGGUCUGUGACCAUCACCCUUGGAUGUCGACUGCCUCAAACACCGCCUCCGGCUCUUCGCUCGGCUUGCAACCGUCCCCAACUGUGCCUCGCGCCCCCCCGGGGCCCCACAUCGGUAUGCUGCUCUACUACGCCCAGCCCGGCGCGCACUGGCACGGCACCGCCGGCGCGCCGCCGGCGUGGCCUCUGUGGUCGCUGGUGGAGCCCUGCCCUCCGCGGCCGCGGGGCCCGUGUCACACGUGCAGCCGUCGGCCGCGCGCGCAAGAACGGCAAGGCGCAAGCCGACUGGCCCACGCGGCGCUACCACAACUUGAAGAAAUGCUGGAAUAAUCUCAAACGCGAAUGGAGUGCCGCGGGCUUGCUAUUCCGAGGCCAUCCGCCGAAGCGCCUCUUUUGAAGUUUAAGUGACCUUGCCACUGUUUUCGUCCACCCCAAACUCCCCAAAAAUGCCAAAGGACUGUAAGGCCCUUCAGCUUAAUACUUAGGUCUGUCGGCUCUCGCCUAGUAGGGUCACUAGCGCGUAGACAGAACCAGUAUAAGGCAGACUUAGCAU